UUCCUCUUCACCACCUAUUGGAUCUGGUCUUACAAUGGAAGACUCUUUCAUCAUCGCUAUAGACUUUGGGACUGCAUACAGUGGAUAUGCCUUCAGUAUAACAUCCAGUGAGGAAGAAAUUGUUCCCCGUGUGAAGGAAUGGGGUGAAGAGGUUGGUCUUGAAACACCAAAGACUCCUACCUGCAUCCUGUUUGAUGAAAAUAAAACAUUUCACAGCUUUGGUUAUAAAGCUAAAAAUGAUUAUCUUUCAAUGGAACGAAAGAAAGCCAUUAAAAUGUUCUUCUUUGACUGUUUCAAGAUGUCCCUAUACAACAAAAUGCUUUCCAGGGAUCUGAUGAUUAAAGCAGCCAAUGGGAAAGAAAUGACAGCCAUGACAGUUUUUACAGAAGGCUUGAGAUUCCUGAAAGAUGAUGCUCUAACAACCAUUAAUGAAAGUGCGACAGGAAUUACAUUCGAAGCCUCUGACUUCACCUGGGUCCUAACGGUUCCUGCCAUCUGGGACCCUUCAGCUAAACAGUUCAUGAAAGAAGCAGCAACCCAGGCAGGUAUUGUGACCCCACAAAACGAAUUGGUCAUUGCACUUGAACCUGAAGCAGCAUCAAUUUGGUGUAAGAAGCUUCCGCCUAAAGGUUUCAUUGCUGAAAACCGGGGAGAAGACAAACUGGAUCAGUCUCCAGGAACUCAGUACAUUGUAGUUGACUGUGGAGGGGGGACCAUUGACAUCACUGUACAUGAAGUCAUCUCUGGAAGAAAUCUGAAAGAGCUACACAAGGCCUCUGGAAAUGAUUUGGGAGGACAAACAGUGGACAAACAAUUUAAAAAGUUUCUCAAAGAAAUAUUCUGCAAUGGAGUCUGGGAUGAAUAUGAAAAAAGUUACCCCAAUGAAAUUCAAAAAAUAAUGUAUGAAUUUGCAAUUGCCAAGAAAAGGGAUGAUGAUAUAGACAUCACCUGCCCUCUAAACCUGGCAACUCUGGCUAAAAAAACACACAAAAAGAUUGAAAAGUUCUUUAAAAAUGUAGAAGGAGCUUCCUGGAAUGAUGGGUCAAUCAAAAUCUUUAAACAAAAACUCAGAUCGUUCUUUGCACAGAGCCUGCAAGGCAUCACUUUGAGUCUCAGAGAAAUCUUACAGAAAUGUUUCAACAUUCAGUACAUUCUGUUAGUGGGAGGAUAUGCUGACAGCAAAAUCCUCCGGAGACACAUAACUGAUGAGUUUAUUGAUCAAUGUAAAGUUCUAUGUCCAUUUAGGCCACAAGAGGCUAUUGUGAAAGGAGCUGUGGACUUUGGAAGAAACCAGGGGGUGGUAGCAUUUAGAAAAAGUGCCUUCACUUAUGGGAUUUCUGUUUAUGAGAGGUUUGAUGCCUCAAAACACAAGCCAGAGAAGAAAUAUAAAAACAAACAUGGUGAGUGGUGUAAGAAUAUUUUCAUGAAAAUGCUACAAAUUGAUGAAGAUGUUGGUUGGAACCAAGUCAAAAACUUUAACUUGUAUCCAGUUGACUCUGAUCAAACUAGUCUUAGCUACAAGUUUUAUCGCACAAAACAUGAAAAUCCACAAUAUGUGGAUGAGGAGGAAGUAGAAAAAAUUGGCAGUUUUGUGGUUGACUCACCAAAUACUGCACUUGGCCUGAAUCGGAAAACUGAAGUGAAUAUUGAAUUUGGGUUCACUGAAAUGAAAGCAACAGCCACCGACAUUGAUUCAGGUUCAACAGAAUCAAUCAAACUUGACUUUCUGACAAACUGAAUUGUCUCAACAAAUCUGUUAGGGUUUAUGUGCAUUUGUCUACUUCCGAUCCUUUCAAUGCGAACUAAUUAGCAGAUAAAAGUUUCUGUUUAGUGAAUAUUUGUAAUAUACUAUUGAAAAGUUCGCUGGAAUUUGGUUUAUGUGAGAACUGAUUAUUUUACAAAUAAAAAGUACUAGAGUCGGCUUUUCAAUCAAAUGUACAUAUGUAAAAUACAAGGAGGAGUCUAAAAGUAAAUGACUACACUGGACAAGGUUUAAGGAGAUUAACUAGUCAAUCAGUAUCAGUUAUAUACACAGAAAAAGCAGAUUACUGACAACUUUUAAAACAUUUUCAUCUCAUCUGAUGAGCUCACAGUUAACUUGAAUGCUUCAAGCAUGUAUGUUCUUGUACCACUCAAUGUUUAGGUUUCAGCAGAUGAAUCAGUUGGAAGUUAAUACAAUGAUUGAAAAAUUAUCAAAGACACAUUCAAAAGAUAUUUUGAGUAGAUAUUUCCUUUAUAAAAAAACAACAUAUAAAUGUACUUUUAAUUCCUUUAUUCAUGUUAUUAAUUUAACUAUUACAACAGGGUACUUCUGCAGAGGGUAGAAAUGAGCUAGCAUCUUGCCAAUCUUAAAAUUUGGGACAAUUCCUCAGGAAUGUAAUUACUGGACAAAGUAUUUUACAUAAAAAUGUUUGAAAAGUAAUGCCUCACAUUAAAGAUUGACAAAACUGUCUUUAUUUCACUUAAAGAACAAUUUAAAUUUAACAUGCUUGUCAAGAUUAAGCGGAGAGGUAUAAAAGCAAACUUGUAUAUGUUUAGACUGAUUUGAGAUUGUUUACCAUUUCAUGCUAUAAAUUUUUUUAUGCACUCUGUAUUUUUUUUAGAUAGAAAUUUCCAUUUAAUAUCUUUGUCACAAGCAGCCAACAACUAUUAAGCAAAUGCAGUUAAUUUACAAUUAAGCAAUUGAGAUGUUGAAUAAAAAUCAUGCUAUCAAAUCACUGUCAUGUGUCAAAAAGCUGAAUUUGAUGAAUUUUGAAAAUUUUAUGAAAUUUUUAAUUUUAUUUUUUCAAACGUCUACAUCAGAGCUACCAUUAAGCAAUUUUUUAUCAAUAUCCCUUAUCCAUCACACCUGAAUCCAUUACCUGAAUUCCAUUGCAACCAGUUAUUCAGCUCUGCAGUCAUCUGGUAACAUGCUAUUCAUUUGAUUCCAAUGUGUUGAAGAAGGGUUGCACCUAAAAGUUCCAGUGUGGUAGUUCUCAAGAACUGGUCUUAGGCACCCUUUGUCUACAUUGUAAGGUUCCUGCUGUGUUUAGUGACCUUUUGGAAUAAAGGUCAGUAAUUCCUGGAGGGAAUUAUAACUUUCAUUUAUGUAAAACUUGUCUGAGUCAAACAGUUUUGUCCUUAUCAGAAAUUAACAUGUACAAUUUUAUUCCUGCAAAAUAAAAACUGAAUUCCA